AUGCCAGUGCCGCCGCCGCCCCCACCUCCUCUGCCUCCACCUCCCCCGCCUCUAGGAGCUCCUCCCCCACCUCUGGGAGCUCCUCCCCCUCCCCCACCAUCAGCACCUCCGGUCAGCACUGACACUUCAGGCUUGAGGAAGCCAGAUCCGAAAGGUCGGAGUGCCCUGUUGGCUGAUAUCCAGCAAGGAACACGCCUGCGAAAAGUCACACAGAUCAAUGACCGCAGUGCCCCACAAAUCGAGAGUUCGAAAGCAAGCAACAAAGAAGGAGGAGGCUCUGCCAACUCCCGAGGAGGAAACACACCCCCAGUCCUGGGAGAUCUCUUCGCUGGUGGCUUUCCUGUGUUGCGACCAGCAGGCCAGAGGGAUGUAGCAGGUGGCAAGACAGGGCAGGCCCCUGGUUCUCGAGCGCCUUCUCCCCGGCUUCCCACCAAAACCAUUAGUGGCCCGCUUAACCCCCCUGCAUCUCCCAGGCUAGGCAAUGCUUCUGAGGCCCAAGGCGCUGCCAGGAUAGUCCCUCCUCGCCCCAAUGUGCCCGCCCCACCUCCACCUCCUCCGCCCCUACCUCCACCUCUACCACCGUCUUCCCCCACCAAGGCCUCGCUGGUGUCCCCACCCGGCCUACCGACCAAAGGGAGCUCUCCUGCCAUUGCACCCACUGUCCCCUGCCCUCCUCCGCCUCCACCUCCGCCACUUCCUCCGACCCCACCCCCUCUGCCCCCGGCCUCCCUACUCAGUGACAAGGCAGUGAGGCCUCAGCUGGCCCCCUUGCACUUCCCGCCCAUCCCGCCCCCGCUCCCUCUCCUCCCACCCUGUGGGUAUCCAGGACUCAAUGAGGAGCCUGCCAGCCCCGCCCAAGAGGUGCCAGAGCCUCCCGCCCCGCCGCCGCCGCCCCCACUCCCCCUGUAUGCUUCCUGUUCGCCCAGGGCUUCGGUGCCAGCGCCUCCCUUGCCAGGCGCUAACAACAGCAGCGAAACCCCUCCCCCGCUGCCCCCCAAGUCCCCCAGCUUCCAGGCCCAACAGCAGAAGGCCAGCGCGCAGGGCUUGCCCGCACCACCUGGCCCUCUGGGACCUCAGCCGCUCCUGCAGAAGAGGAGGAUCUGCAGAGGCCCAGGGACCAGUGGUGGAAAGCUAAAUCCACCUCCAGCACCUCCUGCAAGAUCACCCACCACAGAGCUUUCAAGCAAGAGCCAGCAGAACCCUGCCUGGACCCCCACCCAGCAGCCCGGAGGUCAGCUACGGAAUGGAAGCAUGCACAUCACCGAUGACUUCGAGUCUAAAUUCACGUUCCAUUCUGUGGAAGACUUCCCCCCUCCGGAUGAAUACAAACCAUGCCAGAAGAUUUACCCUAGCAAGGUCCCCCGAAGUCACACACCUGGUCCCUGGCUCCAGACCGAGGCAGCUGGACAGAGCCCAGAUGACAUCAAAGGCAGAAAUGCUCAGUUAUCUCUAAAGACACUCCGGUGAGAAGACGGAUGAAGCCAAGGUCCAGGGGUUCCAU